AUGGAUGAUGGCCAAAGAAACAAAGUGAACCAAGUUUCCGAUGAUUACCGGUACCAAGAUGGCGGCUAUGGAGGUUAUGCUCCCAAUGAUGGAUAUUAUCAAAGUGGGGAGGAGCCUGCUCAAGAGGAAGAUGCUCAAAGCGAUGCUACCGAAGGGCACGAUGAAGAUGAUGAAGUCUAUGAAGGAGAGUACCAGGGCAUCCCUCACCCAGAUGAUCUCAAGAAGCAGAAGAAGAAGAAAGCCCCAGAGGUGGCUGAUGAGUUCAGAGACCAUGCCGACCUCAUGGCGGAGAAGAUGGAGGAUGAGGAGCAGCUGGCCCACCAGUACGAAAACAUCAUUGAGGAAUGCGGUCAUGGACGCUUCCAAUGGAUGCUGUUUACUGUCCUCGGCUUGGCACUGAUGGCAGAUGGGGUGGAGGUCUUUGUGGUUGGCUUCGUUCUACCCAGCGCUGAGAAGGAUAUGUGCUUGUCACGCUCCAACAAAGGAAUGCUAGGUAAGUCCCUCUUCUCUUCAGCCAUAUGCCAAGAGGCUAGCUGUAGGAUAAUUUGAAACUGCUUGGAAUAGCACCCUCUAUUUGAUUCUUAAUGUCCUCCAGCUCCCAGUAGGGUGUAGACCCACUAGGAGUCAAAGCUGAAUGAACAUUCUCUUGGUGGUUUCCUCAAAAAUUUCUCCUUACAGAUAAAAUUUGGGUGGGGUGGGGGGAGAGGGCAGAUCUUUCUCUCUCCCUACUUGUAACAGACCAACUUUGACAGGGGGUGGGUCGCCCUCAUGCCAAUCAUAUGGUACCAUAAUUACACCUGCCAAAGUUCAGAAGACAUUGCUAUAACACAACCUCUUUGGAAGAUGCAUGGGAGUGCAUUUCAAAGAACCCCACUGUUACCAGUAAUCAGCUGGUGGUCAAUUAAAGGGGGCCUCUUUGAAGUCUUUGCAGAAAAAGGAAUUUACAUUCAAAGUGCUGGAGGGAGUGCUUUGAAUAUAAACCUCCUCCUUAGGAAGGGGGAAAAUGCUUUUUAUCAAAAUGGAGUGUUUCUUCUCACCAAUGGAACCCAACAAGCCCAUUGUGCAGCACUUGUAUAUGUAUAUACAUAUAUCAGGUUUAGGUGUGGCUUGGCUGAAAUGGCCUUGCAGGCCAAUUGAGGAUGCUGGUCAGACCAACUUAAGCCUGUGGGUCAAAGGUUACCCACCCCUGCUUUAAUUAACCUUCCUUCCUUCCUUCCUUUCCAUGAAACAUCCUGAAGUGAUUAUCUAUGAAAAAAAUGUAAGUUGUUGUAAGGUUGAUUGUUGAUAAUGUAUUUGAAAAGUUUCAGGCAGGUUGGGCUGGUUCAUUAAGCCAAAUUCUACAUAUGAUUAUGAAUGUGGGGACAGAACUCUGUUUGGGAAAUCUGGUGUGACACAUAUGACAGGAAUCAACAGGUAUUCAGCUCGAUCCCAGCAGCUAACCAAGUAAAACAGAAGAGGGGCCAGGCUAACUGGCCCUUGGGAAAUAUUUCCAGGCCACCAUCCCUCUCUUCAGGCCAUGCUCUGCACACUCCUUGAGUGUUUUUGCCAGGGUGAAAUGUAUCCUUGAACUCUGAGAAUGCUUGCUAGUUGCCUGGAUGGAGGAUAGAGAGAGGUAUGUGAGUGUGUGUGGAAACUUCUUAGUUCAAGCCUUCCACAUAGCAAGAAGACAUUCAGCCAAACGCACAUAGGAAAAUCUCCCUCAGAACUACAUAGCCAAUGGGGUGUGUGCUACCUCAGUGUGAAGAUCUUCCCAUUCUUUCUGGUUGCUAAGGAACACUUUCACCCAUCCUCCUCUUGGCUAGCUGACUUUAACAGUAAGAGAAUUAACCCUUAAGUCACACACCUAAUGAUCCCUGCUCUUGUGCUUCCAACAAUCCGCACAAUGUAUAUGCUAGAUUGUCCAUCAUGCCAACAAGACGUACACAAACACACCAGGGAGUUGACUAAACAAGAAAGCAGAUGGCCUGAUAUUAUAAAUAGAUUUUCUCCACUCCUUCUCACUCUCUCCUGGGGGCGGGGGUGGGGGGAGAGAAACUGCAUAUCUCACAGUGAACAUUUUGCAUUUUUUCAUGGCACACAGGUCCAAACUGCAGAUCUUUUUCUCCAUGGCAAAAUAUUAAAUAUUUAGUAAUGUGUGAAAAUAGGUUUGCCCCAUCUUCCCUCUUCCAAUUUCCAAACAUGGCAAGUUCGAUGAGUUCAAAUAAUGUUUGUAGUUUGAAGAUGCUGUUCCACAAACUAAUCAACAUUUAAAAAACAUUUUUUUAAAAAAGAAAAGAAGAGCCUUGCUUGAUCAGAUGAAACGGGGAACCAUCUGGCCCAGUUCUCUGUCUCCACGAGGAUUCGGCCAUGAUGGCUAUGAUCCAUACCCUCAAAGUGUCCCUGUUUUCUAGUGUCAAUCCCGGAAUUACAAAAGCCACCAUGGCUUCUGAUCUGAUCCCAGAAUGUCCCUGUUUUCCCCACCAGUGCCAUUGCCACCAGGGAAGUGGAUGAGCCAGUGCUUGUCCUAAGUGGCAGGGGUGGCAGUGGUGACUGUGAAUGAGCUCCCCUGUUGCCUCUCCAUGGCUGCCGCUGCCAGCUUCCUCCCUUGGGCAGCUCACGGUGGCUGCUGGAGAACAGGCAAGGGAGAGGAGAGGCUGCCACAGCCAAGGCCCAACCCUGCAAAAUGCAUAUAUAUAGCUUCUGCAGCCCUGAGUGCUCACUGGAAGGACAGAUCGUGAAGCUGAGGCUCCAAUACUUUGGCCACCUCAUGAGAAGAGAAGACUUCCUGAAAAAGACCCUGAUGUUGGGAAAGAUGGAGGGCACAAGGAGAAGGGGACGACAGAGGACAAGAUGGUUGGAAAGUGUUCUCGAAGAUACAAGCAUGAGUUUGACCAAACUGCGGGAGGCAGUGAAAGACAGGAGUGCCUGGUGUGCUCUGGUCCAUGGGGUCACGAAGAGUCAGACAUGACUAAAUGACUAAACAACAACAAAAGCUUCUGCAUUUUGAUUUCCCACCCCCAACGUCAAAGAGUCUUCAGUAUUGCCUUACAGUGGAUUUUGGAUUCCCUCGCCCAUUGUAGCAAGAGAUAGUCAAAUCUGUCCAUUUUAGUUUCUCUCCGUUACUCAGUCUCCAUACCUUAAGAUCAGUUUGCACCCUUUCUCCAUUACUGUGUUUGAAUGACUGUUGCAUCUCAGUGCUAGACGUGCAUGGCUUCUUAUUCCUUACCUCUUUUUCACACCCGGGAGUUCAUUUGGUAUAAUACUCUCCACUGGCCCCCUUUCAAGCCAUAUUUUUGAUUAGGAGGCAGGACUGGUUCUGUUCCAGCUGGAGAGGAGUCAGCCUUCUGGCUUUGUUCUCAUGUUAAUGCAUGAGAAGUGCCUCUCUUUGCCCAGACCUGAGAAGAAAGACAAAGCGAGUAACUUAAGAUGGGCUGUGAGUGUGGGGCGUGAAGAGGGAAAGAGCUGACUGCAAUGGAUCUUUGUUAGAAGAAGGAACAAUGGAAUGUUAGAAAAGGUCUUCUGUAAAAAAUCAGAAGCAAGUAUAAUCAAAGGGAUCCGUUUAUUUUUAGACAACAUCUUAAUCAAUCCUUUACUGAUGGAGAUGAUUUACCAUCACUAUGUAAUUGCUACCAUUAAAAGUAACAAUAGAUAUACAUAGAUGAUAUGUGAUAGAUGAUAGAUAGAUGAUAGAUAGAUAGACAGAUAGAUAGAUAGAUAGAUAGAUAGAGGUGUGUGUGUGUGUGUGUGUGUGUGUGUGUGUUUCCAACUAAGUCAUAGAAUAGACCCAUUGAAAUAAGUGGACUUGGGUCAUAAAUUUCAGUAGGUCUACUAUGAGCGUAAUUUUGUUGGAUAUCCCUCUAUAUCUUUCUAUCUUACCACAUCUGCACUAUACAGCUGAAGCAGCAUCAUGCCACUUUAAACAGCCAUGGCUUCCCCCAAAACAGUUCCUGUAGCAAUUUGUAAAUGAAAAUUGGUCUGCAUUUUAGUGCAUUUUCUCCCUGAUAAAUACAUUUCUGUAUUCAGUUUUGAGUCAUUUACACACAUAUUUUUUUGGCAAGCAGUUUCCCCAAAUAUAACACUUUCGAAAGUUACUUUCACUAUUUUUUCCCAAUGCAUGCCUUCCCCCAAUAUAUGCAUUUUUGUAAAAGUUGCAAGGUUGGAGAAGUGUAGUGCAAAAUUCAGAAAAGUGUGAAUUUUGAAAGGUGGACCAUAUGGUGACUGUGUUUCAUUUCUUGUAUUGUUUUGGAAAGUGUGAAUUAGGUCAGUUUGCCUUUAAAUUCAAAGUAAAUUGAACCCCCCCCCCCGAAUUGCACCUUGAACCACAAACAUAUGAUUUCAGGUUGCACUACUUCAUUUUCUUCUUUUACCUAGAUUGCAGCAGGUCUUUAAGUUUGCAUCCAGCUCUGUUUAUUCAAACAAAGAAAUGCUAGCGAAUCCAAGGCCUUUCCAUUUUUAUGCUCUCCCUUUCAGAGUCUCAUAAAUCAGUCGGAUAUUUCCGCACCUGGCAGGGGCGAUUCAGCCCAGCUUGCUUGUCCCAGCUGGGAUUAUUUGUGUUCCAAUCUGCCAGAUGUCACUGUCUCCUUCGGCCCGAUGCUAAGAGAACAGUCUGCCCAGUAUUGUUUUAUGUGUGGCCCUGGCAGGAUUGCACUGAUCAGGCUUUGAGUAUGAAAAAGAAUCUCCAUCCAAGGCUGAACAGAGGCAGUGGAGAAAAUGAAAAGAGAGAGAGCGAGAGAGCGAGAGAGCGAGAGAGCGAGAGAGAGAGAGAGGUGGUGGUGGAGGUGGAGAAGAGCUUUGUAGAGAAGACUAGAAACCAUUGUUAGGUCAGCUGAUUAGGGCACAGACUUCAGAUUUGUCAGACCUACUUUAUGUUUUUACCAGAACUCCAAAGUCAGGUACAAAAACCAGAGAGUUAAAAUGAAAGACCGCUGUGUCCCUGAACACAUUCUGAGCCCAGGUAUUUGGGGUUUUUUUUGACAUCAGAACUGAACUGAACUUAUGGCCUUUUCCUGCAGAAGUCCACUCCUGGAGUUUUCUUUGUUUCAGUAUUCUGUGGAAAGUUGUUUCAUUGCUAUUGUUAAAUAAUAAGGAAUAAGAAACCGUCUCUGGUCUACUGCAAACCAGCAGAGUGUUCUACCAGAAGUUGGUGCCACUUUCCGUGUUCUGCCUGAGAAACAGAGUGUUGUGGCACCUUAAAGACGAACAGAUUUCAUUAUGACAUAAGGUUUUGUGGACUAGAUCAGAAUCAGAGGCACAAAGUAUUAUUCUGAGCUAGCAGGUUCAUGCAUUGUGUGUGUGGAGUGAAAGUAGUGAAAUCAGAGGGAAACACACAGGGUAAAGACAGUAAUACUUACAUUAAAGCUCAGGUGUAUGCAAAGUCGCAGUCUAAUCAACCCAAUGCUAGUCUUACAUUUUUUUUAAAGGGUUUAUUUUUUGCUUACCAACUUGAAAUGAACAAGAGGGGAGUGCUCUUUGGCCCAGCAGAGCCUUCAAUGUGGGGUUCCUCAAGGUUCAAUUUUAUUCCCCAUGCUGUUUAACAUCUACAUGAAACCACCGAGGGGGUUAUCUAGAGUUUUGGAAUAUGUUGUCAGCAAUAUGUUGAUUAUUAUUAUUAUUAUUAUUAUUAAUUGAAUUUAUAUACUGCCCCAUACCCGGGGGUCUCAGGGCAGUUCACAGAAUAAAAUCAAGAUAUAAAAACCACAAAAUACAUAAUAAAAAUAAAAACAAUAUCCCUAUAGCCCCGCCCCCAAAAAAACACAUUUUAAAAGGGCAUAGGAUGACACAUAGCUUUGCUUUUCCAGGUGGGGCAAUGGAUGUCUUCCCUUGGUAAUGGUCUGGAUGAGAGUUAACAAACUGAAGCUCAAUCGGGAUAAGACUUGAGGCACUUUUAGUGGGUUGUUCCCUAAACCAGAUAGGUGGGAGGUUGCCUGCUCUUGAUUGGGUUACACCUCCUCUGAAGGAGCAGCUGUGUAGCUUCAGUGUACUUCUGGAUCCUUUGCUGUUGCUUGAGGUUCAGGUAGCCGCAGUGGUGUGCAGUGCCUUCCAUCACCUUUGGCUGGUGGCCCUCUGUCUGCACAGGGUAGCCUAAAGUUAAGUGUUAUACGUGAGGCUGCCUCUGAAGAUGGUUCAGAAACUUCAGUCUGGUGAAGAAUUUGGCAGCCAGGAUUCUCACUGGGGCAAGACGGUUUGAGCAGAUUACACUGAUCCUGCGCUGGCUGCAAAUUACAGUGGUACCUUGAGUUACAGACGCUUCAGGUUACAGACUCCGCUAACCCAGAAAUAGUACCUUGGGUUAAUAACUUUGCUUCAGGAUGAGGACAGAAAUCGAUGUGGUGGCAGCGGGAGGCCCCAUUAGCUAAAGUGGUACCUCAGAUUAAGAAUAGUUUCAGGUUAAGAACAGACCUCCAGAAUGAAUUAAGUUCUUAACCCGACGUACCACUGUAGUUUCAGGGCCCAAUUCAAAUUGCUGAUUUUGACCUAUGAAGGCUUAAAUGCCUUAGGCUCACAAUACCUCAAAGGACCCCCUCUUCCCAUAUGAAGCAACCUGGACCUUACAAUCACCAUCUGAGGCCCUUCUUUGGGUGUCUCCUCCAUGAGAGGUCCAGAGCAUGACAAAAGAGAAUAGGCCUUUUCAGCAGUGGCUCCCCAUUUGUGAAAUGCUCUCCUCAGGGAGGCUUGUCUGGCACCUUCAUUAUCUUCAGGUGCCAGACGGAAACAUUUCUCUCCAACCAGGCCUUGUGCUGAUUAAAAUUCUAUGCCCUUUUAAAUGUGUUUGUGGGGUGGUAUGGGUUUGUUGUGUUUUUGUUUUUUAUUAUGUAUUUUGCGUUUUUAUUUUCUAUUUUUAUACUGUGAACCUCUCUGGGAUCUUUGAAUGAAGGGCGGUAUACAAAUUUGUAAAAACCAAAAUGAUUCCCAAAAGAAUUCUUUUGGGAGUUAUAGGGACAGAACUACCUAAACUGUAUAGAAACUUAUUCAUGUAUUCUACUACAGCGGCAAGAAUGUUACUUGCCCCCAAAUGGAAAAAAGUAGAAGUCCCAGCAAACGAAGAAUGGAUACAAAAACUUAUGGAAGAUGCAGAAAUGGCAAAACUUACUGGAAAAAUAAGAAAUCAAGAUAACAAACUUUUUAUAAAAGAAUGGAAAUAGUUUAUUGAAUAUUUACAGAUAAAUUGUAAACAGAUAAGAACAUUGGCAGGAUUAUUGUAAUAACCUGCAGUUUCGUAAGAGUAUAUAUUUAAAGUAGAUGAAUAAAUGAACAAACUAAGUUAAUCUGGAUAUGCAGAAGAUAUUAAAAAUAAAUUUAAGGAACUGCAGAAAGAGGGGGAAGGAAGUCAAGUUUUGAAAUAUUAAAAUGACUGUAAAAUUAUUGAAAUGUAUAAAUCUGAAAAUUAUAAAUAUAUAUUUUUUUAAAACCCUCAAAAUAAAAUAAAAACAACGAAAUGCAUGAGCAGAGCAGUGCUGAGAUAGUGAGGAGGUCCCGUGGUGCAGACAUGGCCUCUUCCAGGGCAGGCAGAAAGUGAGGGAGUGCCCAGACCUGUGGAAGUAUGAGGAUUGAAUUGGUUGCAGGCAGUGUGCAGUCAGGAGUCCCAGUCAAGCAGAGAACUUUCAGAACCUUGGACAGCUCCAAGGGGCCCUGCUAAGGCAGAUACAAGAGAUGUUAUGUCUGCAGGGCUGUACAGCCAACUGAAGUCUUCUGUAGGCCCACCAGGGAAGUAGGCAGUACCUUAUCUAAAUAGACUUCCCCUGAAGUUUGUUGGAAGAGCAAAAAGCCAGGAAGGGUGGCUCCUGAGCUCCUGAGACCAGUGUACUCACUGGUUUUGUUUUUAAGUCUGUAGUUUUACCUCUUAAAAAAUAAAAUCUUUCCAAAUUGAUUUCUUAAAAAAUAAUGAUUAAAGACUACUCAAAACAGCAGUGAAUAGCUGUCAGUGGCACUGUGGCAGGCUCCACAUUUUACAAGAAAGGCCUGCUGAGUGCAAGGGAGAUUUCAGGGGAGGCAAGGAUGUGGGAAGGCUUCAGAGUGUAGAGCUCUAGAGAGAUCAUUAGGAAAGGAAUACCUGUAGUCUGGUCACCUCACCUUAUAAAGGAUCUUGUAGACGAGGACAAGGUUCAGAAAAAGUCAACCAAAAUGAUGAAGGGGAUGGAGCCACUCCCCUAUGAGGAAAGGUUGCAAAAUUUCGGACUUUUUAGUUUAAAGGAAAUGCAAAGGAUAGGCGACACGGUAGAAGUUUAUCAAAUUAGGCACGGCAUGGAGAAACUAUCUCUCUCUCUCUCUAUCUAUCAUCUAUCAUCUCUAUCUAUCUAUCAUCUAUAUCUAUCUAUCUAUCAUCUAUCUAUCUAUCUAUCUAUCUAUCUAUCAUCUAUCUAUCAUCUAUCUAUCUAUCUAUCUAUCUAUCAUCUAUCUAUCUCUCUAUCAUCUCUAUCUAUCUAUCAUCUAUCUAUCAUCUAUCUAUCAUCUAUCUAUCUAUCUAUCUAUCUAUCUAUCUAUCUAUCCAUCCAUCCAUCUAUCUAUCUAUCUAUCAUCUAUCUAUCAUCUAUCUAUCAUCUAUCUAUCUAUCUAUCUAUCUAUCAUCUAUCUAUCUAUCUAUCUAUCUAUCAUCUAUCUAUAUCUAUCUAUCUAUCUAUCUAUCUAUCUAUCUAUCUAUCAUCUAUCUAUCAUCUAUCUAUCAUCUAUCAUCUAUCUAUCUAUCAUCUAUCUAUCUAUCUAUCUAUCUAUCUAUCUAUCAUCUAUCUAUCAUCUAUCUAUCUAUCAUCUAUCUAUAUCUAUCAAUCUAUCAUCUCCCUCCCUCAUAAGGCUAGAUCUCAUGGACAUCCAAGGAAGCUGAAUGUUGGGAGAUUCAGGACAGGUAAAAGGACAUAUUUAUUCACACAACACAUAGUUAAACUAUGGAAUUCACUCCCAUAGAAGGCAGCAAUGGCCACUGGCUUGGAUGGCUUUACAAGAGGAUUGGACAAAUUGAUGGAGGUUAAGGCCACUAUGCUCUGCCUCCGUGGUUGGACAUGAUAAUAAUUCUGAAUACUAGUUGCUGGAAGCCACAGAAGGUGUACUUGUGCUUGGGUUCUGCUUGUGGGUUUCUGUAAUGAGUAUGAGUUACUCGUGCGUAAACUGGUGCCUCUCUAGGCUGAUUUGCCUUGUUAAACCUUUCUGACUGCACAGCCCCUUCUGAUCAGGACUGUCUCAGUCACUAGCAGAAUCCGUCAGUGGGCGUUUCUUGAAUCUCUUCCAACAUAAGAGCUGUUUGACACCCAAUCGCCUCCGCCUCUCACUGCGCGGGAGCCUUCUGCGCAGGGUGGGCGUGGGUAGCGGGGACCUGUCCCCUCCUCACUGAGUUCCAGUGAAGAGUCCGUGAGCCCUCUCUCCGAUUUUCCCAUCUGCUCACUUUUGUUCCUGGUGUUGCGCUUAAAUGCUUCCCUCCACUGAGUCGCCUCUCCCCCUGCUGCUGGGUCCUUCUCGAGCAUCAUCCAGGAGCCUCCCUUCGCCUCUCGCUCUGAUGUCAGUUCCCUGACAUCCACCUCCCCCAGAAUCCCUCCACCCCUGGGCCGACCUGUGGGACCAACUUCGUCCCCUUCGUCGGCCGAGGAGGCGGGGAACCCCGGAAGGAACUGUCACCAUCUUCCGUGGGUUCGAAACCCGCUUCCCAAUCGCUCUUCCACCUACCAACGGGGUGGUCUUCCCCGUCUGAUGCUUCUUCCUCCGAAACCUCUCCUCCCUCCUCGGAGUCAGAAAAUCCCUCAAAAACCUCUUCCUCAUCUGUGGUUCCAAAUUGCUCCUCCCAGAAUCUCUCCAGGGGUUUGGGUUUGUCCGGGAACCGGUGGUGGAAUACCUCCACCAGAUACCUGUCCUCGACGGCUUCCGUGGGGACCCACGUGUUCUCGGACCUGGGUUCCCCUUCCCACGCUACCAAAUACUCCACCCGGCGCCCUUGCCACCUUGAGUCCAGUAUUUCCGUGGCCCUGUGGUGGUGUUCCCUUUCUUCUACCUGCGGGUGUGUGGUGACUCUUGCCCCUGGAAUUCCCGCCCUUCCCUAUGCGGUGAAAGCAGGGACCUAUGGAAAACCGGGUGUAUUUUCAUGCUAUCAGGCAACCUGAGCUUAAAUGCCACGGGAUUAACUUGCUGUGUUACCUCAAAAGGUCCCAGCCGUCUGGGCUGCAACUUCUUGCACCCCCCUUUGAAAGGUAGCCCUUGGGUGGACAACCACACCCGGUCCCCACCCGUAUGGUCUCCCCUUCCUGCGGUGCUUGUCUGCCUGCCUCUUGUAAGUUUCCUUGGCCCGCUCCAAGUUCAUCUUAAGUUGCUGGUGUAGGGCCUCCAUUUCCUCCACAAACUGCUCUGCGGCGGGUACGCUCCAGCUUUCCUCCCCACUCCCCGGGAAGGCCCUGGGAUGACACCCAUGGUUGGCCAUGAAUGGGCUCAUUCCCGUGGACACGUGUUCCGCGUUGUUGUACGCGAAUCCAGCCAGCGCUAGUUUUUCUACCCAAUCGUUUCUGCCUCUCGCUGACAUAGCAGCGUAGGUAUUGCUGGAGUAUACUGUUCGCUCUUUCUGCUUGCCCGUUGGUCUCUGGGUGUCUCGCCGUCGAGAAACCCACCUCCACCUGCAGUAAGCUCAUGAGUUUCCUCCAGAACCGGGAAGUAAAUUGUUUUCCGCGGUCGGAGAUAACCCUCAAGGGGGCGCCAUGCAGCCGGAAUAUGUGCUCCACAAACAACCGGGCUGUUUCCUCUGCCGUUACAGCAUGUGAGCAAGCUAUAAAGUGGCACAUUUUUGUCAGUAGGUUGACCACUACCAUGACUGCUGUCUUUCCCGGGACUUGGGCAAAUCUGUCAUAAAAUCAAUGGAUACCACCUCCCAGGGUUUCCCGGCGUGGGUAAGGGUUCCAGCAAUCCUGUGGGGCAGCCCGCUCCCCUUGCCCUUUGGCAGCGGUCGCACCCCGUACAUAUUCCCGUACAUCCUCCCUCACCCUGGGCCACCAGAACUGCCUGGUCACCAGCAUCAUGGUUUUGUGCUGUCCAAAGUGCCCUGCUGUGGGGUUGUCGUGGAGUUGUUUGAGUACUUUUUCCCUCAGGGUUUCCCCCGGUACGUACAGCGCUCCCCUAUAGUACAGUACCCCUUCCUUCUCCUCAAACCCUUCUUGGGUCCCUCUUCCGUCUCGUAGUUCCCGGAUUUUAGUUUGCGUGAACACGUCGUUUCUGGUCAGCCCGGCUAGUUCUCGUUUCCCCACCAAAGUUCCCCCACACCCAUCGGUCCUCGGGGAUCACGUGUCGUUUCUCCGGCGGCCCCUCUCCUUCCAGGUACUCCGGUUUACGCGAGAGAGCGUCUGCUCUUACGUUUUCUUCUCCGGGCACGUAGCGGAUUUCAAAGAAAAACUUGGAGAACUCCUGUGCCCAUCGAAUCUGUCUCUGGUUGAGUACUCGUGCGGUUCUCCAGUACUCCAAGUUCUUGUGAUCUGUGCAAACCUGGAUCUGUUGUUGCGCCCCUAUCAGUAGAUGACGCCAACGACGAAAGGCCGCGUAGAUUGCCAGCAGUUCGCGGUCAUACACUGUAUAGUUUUGCUCCGACUUGCUCAGUUUUCUGGAGAAAAAGGCACACGGUUUCCAUUCCUGCUUUCCCUUCCCUGGUUGCAAAGGACCGCCCCCCCGGCUAUGUCGGACGCGUCGGUCUCUAGCCUCAGGGGUUCUCCAGAUCUACGUGCAGGAGUUGCUCUUCCGAUGCGAACGCCUUCUUCAGUUUUUCGAAGGAUUGCUGGGCCUCUUCUGUCCACACAAACUUCUUUUUGCUACUGAGACAAUCCGUGAUUGGCGCUGUCAAGUGGGCGAAGUUCUUGAUGAACUUCCUGUAGAAGUUGCUGAACCCUAGGAACCUCUGUACGUCCUUCCGUGUCUUGGGAGCCUUCCACUCCAGCACUGCCUGCACCUUGCUUGGGUCCAUCGCUAAGCCUUUGUCAGACAACUUGUACCCCAGAAACUCGACUUCUCUGGCGUGAAACUGACAUUUUUCCAGCUUGACCCACAACUGGUGCUUCUGCAGUCGUUGUAACACUUCCCUGACGUCUCUAACAUGUUGUUCCUCAUUGUCCGAAUAAAUUAAGACGUCGUCCAAGAAGGCUACGCAGUUCUUGUACAGCAGAGACCCCAACACGUGGUGCAUGAAAGCUUGAAAGCAGGCGGAGCCUGACUGUAAUCCAAAAGGCAUAACUAAGUACUCAAAGGCACCUGGGGUGUGAACAUUGUGGUCUUCCAUUCGUCCCCCUCCCUCAUCCUGAUCAAAUUGUAUGCGCCCCUGAGGUCCAGCUUGGUAAAAAUUUUGCCUUUCCUCACUCGCGUUAAAAUGUCGUCAAUCCUGGGCAUUGGGAAGGUCACGGGUUCUGACACCAAAUUGACAGCUCUAUAGUCCACUACGAGCCUGGGUUUAUUUGUGUCCUUUUUGUCCACAAAGAACACCGGACUGCCCCUACUGCCUUUGAUUCUCUUAUGAAGCCUCUUUUCAGGUUCUUGUCGAUAAAUUCUCGCAACUCCUUCAUCUCCCUGUCUGACAUGGCGUACAGCUUACCCACUGGCAGCUGAGCCCCGGAAGCAAGUUGAUCUGGCAGUCAAAGGGCCUAUGGGGUGGAAGUCUCUCUGCCUCCCUUUCGCUGAAGACCUCCCGCAGAUCUGCGUAUUGUGGCGGCACCUCCCCUUUCCGCUCCACCGCCAUCCCAGCCACCCUGGCCACGGUCAUUCUUGGGGCUUCCCCCCCUAGACAGUGUGUGUUCCAGGCAGUAAGCUGAUCCAAAGGUGACUGUCCUCUGAUGCCACGCCACCACUGGAUCAUGUUGUGCUAGCCAGCUCAUCCCUAAUAUUAUUGGGGGUCCUGCUAGCGAGGCGACGUGAAAGGCGAUGGUUUCCGAGUGCCUGGACACCCUCAUUCUCAUUGGCGGGGUUUGGUGUGUCACUUCCCUCCUAGAAGCUCCCUGCCAUCAAUGGUGGUCACUUGCAAGGGAAAAUCCAAAGGCAGUAAGUGGAGCUGGUGCUCUAAUGCAAAGUCCUUGCUGAAGAAAUUACAUGAGCUGCCUGAAUCCAGCAUGCCUUUCACCUUGACUGGGUGCCCGUUUGGGAGUUCUAGCACCACUUCGAUGGCUAUUGCCGCCUUGGGGGGAUCUGGUUGGGGCACUUUUACUGGUGGCUGGCUUGGCUGUUGUGCCCCUUGGAUUGGCAGCCAAGCGUUCUCGCUCCCUGUUCCUGUUCCUUUACCACCUCCCUCCUCACCCCCUGCGGCUCCCACCAUUCCUUGCCAAGCCUUUCUUUGAGGGCAGGCUCUGGCAAAAUGCCCUGGCCGCUGGCAAAGGUAACACCUUUGGAGGUUUUCCAAUCCUUUCCCUCCUUCUUGCGCCCUUCGCUGGUGCUUGAAACUUCCCGCGCGCGCGCCCCAUCUAUUUCCAUUGGCUCUGCUGGCGGGGAGGGCUGCCUUGGUAUUUCAGGAAUGCGGUAGUCAUGGCAACGUUGCUCUCUCCCUUCCCGCCUCUCCUGGGCCCGCGCUUCCUGGCGCGCGCCAAUCGCAAGCACAGCCUUGGUCAGCUGAUCCAUCCCCUGUGGGCGGGGUGCGCGGGAAAGUUCAUCCUUAACCGUUGGGGACAACCCCUCCUCGAAUAACAUCUGUAUGGGUUCGGAGCCCAGUUCCCACCCGAGGCGAUGAACUAUCAUGGCAAAGCGCGACCAGUAGUCCCUGACUGACUGGCUCCCUGUUUACAGUUCAUCAAUUCCCGCUUAGUCACACUUUUUGAACAUCAGUGGAAAACAUCGCGGCCCAUCGCUUGGAAGAAUUUCCUCAGGUCCUGCAUGGCGGAAUUCUGCGUCGCCAUAAGGGGUCUGACCCAUUCUCUGGCCCCGUCCUGCAGGUGACCCACAACAUAUGCCACCCGCGCCGUGUCGUCUUCAAAAUCGUUAUGCUGCAAGUCCAAUGCAUACUCUAUUUCCGUUCUAAACGCACUGUAUUCUGGCGGCUUCCCCCCAAACUUGUGCACCAGUCCCGGUACCUUCCUUGCUAUGGGGGUGGGUCUGACCUGUGCAUCUUGAGACCGCCUUUCGUCCAGCCGUGCCGUCAGAAUGGCCACAUGCUGCUCCAAAUCUCGGUUCCUCUCCUCCAGCGUUUGCCCUCCAGCUGCUCCCCCUUGGGUGCCUGCUUCUCCGGGCUUGCUCAUGAUGCUGCCUGCCUGCUGCUGCGCACGAGCAACUUUCAGGGACUGACGGAUUGCUGUAAUGAGUAUGAGUUACUCGUGCGUAAACUGGUGCCUCUCUAGGCUGAUUUGCCUUGUUAAACCUUUCUGACUGCACAGCCCCUUCUGAUCAGGACUGUCUCAGUCACUAGCAGAAUCCGCCAGUGGGCGUUUCUUGAAUCUCUUCCAACAUAAGAGCUGUUUGACACCCAAUCGCCUCCGCCUCUCACUGCGCGGGAGCCUUCUGCGCAGGGUGGGCGUGGGUAGCGGGGGACCUGUCCCCUCCUCACUGAGUUCCAGUGAAGAGUCCGUGAGCCCUCUCUCCGAUUUUCCCAUCUGCUCACUUUUGUUCCUGGUGUUGCGCUUAAAUGCUUCCCCCUCCACUGAGUCGCCUCUCCCCCUGCUGCUGGGUCCUUCUCCAGCAUCAUCCAGGAGCCUCCCCUUCGCCUCUCGCUCUGAUGUCAGUUCCCUGACAGUUUCCCAUUAGGGCAUCUAGUUGGCCACUGUGAGAACAGGAUACUGGAUUAGAGGGGCCAUUGGCUUGAUCCAACAGGUUCUUCUUAUGGUCUUAUGAGAUGAGUUGCAGGAUAAAGAAAGGACAUUCACAAACACCAUUUGGCCACUUCAAAUGUAAGAUAAAUACCAUGAAACAUCAAACCCCACCAUUGAGAAUUUCACCAUUUUUUUCUCUUCACCUUUGAUAAUGUUUGAUUGCCAUUUCCUGUUCCAUUAAUUGAUGAAAAAUAGUUGGGGAAGGUGGGAGGGCUGGAGGAGGGAUUUUCAGCAUAGCAGUGCUGGAAAAAAACAGAGCAGGCAAGAGCUGAUUCAGCAUAGCCCAUCCCUAUUAAUUUAUAUUGGAUUUCAAGUGACUUAAGUGGCUGGUUUAAGCAUAGAUGCUGUUCUCAGCCAGUUUGGAAGAAGUUCCCCUGCAUUUUGCAAGAGGCAGCUGCCCUCCCCCCAUCCAGGAUUCUUGCACAGAAUAAAAUGACGAAGAACGAACCUAUGCUUAGUUAGAAUAAUUAGUCAUUUCAAUGUGCCACACAGCAUGAGUGGGGGAGAAAACUUGGAUUGUAGAAAUAACAUUCUGCACUGUUCUGUUCCCACCCACCUUGAAAUUUCAAAUGACGCAAGUGCUUUAGGCUAUGCCUGGCUAGGGAGAUUUUUCAUAACUGCUCGAUGUCGAUACAAAGUAUAUAUAUGGCAGGAUUUUGAAUAAAUAACAAAAUGGGUCCUGAACUUGGGUUGCUGGCCUCAAGGGCAUAUAACUAACCCAAAUCUAUUUGUAGAGCUGAUAGUCAGUGUGCUGGGGCCUAUGUAUGUUUGCAUGUAUUCCAAUUUAUUUAUGUGAAUCAUUUUUAUCUUGCUCUUCUCGUGUUUGUGACAUACCGAUGUCCCAACGUCACACGCAUGAGGUCAGGACAUCUGGAGGAGCUUGGGGCAGAGCCAAAUGCAAAAGCCACAUGGCUCAAUAGCCUGCAGCUCCUCUUCCACCUUCUCUUGGUGCUACCACCAGCAAGAGGGUGUUCCGACCCUCCUUCCCCUCCAUGGCAGAAGGAGGAGGAGAAGGAGCCAGCUGCUGGAGGCAUGCUGCACUCAGAUCUACUCUUUGGCCCCAUGCUUUUGAGGCAUAGGGGCCCCCAGCCCCUACCCCCCAAAUAUAGAUACCUCUAAAGCAGAGUUUCCCAAACUUGGGUCUUCAGGUGUUUCAUCCCUAGCUAGCAGGACCAGGUCAGGGAUGAUAAGAACAGUUGGAGACCAAUGUUUGGGAAACCCUGCUCUAGGAAGUCCUGGUGUUCAUGCAAAAAUGCGUGUAAUGUGAGGGAGGCCAGCUUGUUUUGAAAUGUAUCCAUCAUGCUCAUGAUGUAAAUGAGAGAGGGGAUGAGAGGAGACCGAGGGAUGUUAGUGAGAGGAAGGAAGGUUUUCUUCUCCAUCCACGUGCAUGUCUACCAGGAAAAGUAAUAAGAGCACAGUGAGAUCAGAGUGCCAAAUAGGGUCACUCAGGGGACCAUGUGAAGCUGAAGACUUUCCAGUUGCUGACCUCUGAGAUCAUUAGAAAAGCAUUGGCAGAUCAGACCAAAGGCCCAUUUAACUAUCCAGAUGCAUUUGGGAAACUAAUAAACAGGACAAGAGGACAACUACCCCUUCCCUUUCUGCAUGAGAAGCAUGUGCUGAAUCAUAGAAGAACCACCCUCCUUUUAGGAACAUACUUCCACUGAAUUGGACCGCUGGUCCAACUAGGAAUAGCCAACAUGGAGCUAGCCGGAUGUUGUGGCACACCAGUUCCAAGCAUCCCUUAGCAUUAACCAUGCUGGCUAGAGCUGAUGGCAGUUGGAAGCCCAACAUCUGGAGAGCUCCAGAUGUUGAUAACCCUCCCAGGGACAGGGGCUAUCCAGGGUUUCAGACAGUGACCUCUGCCGCCCUAUUUGGAGGUGUCAGGACUUGAACUGGGACUUCAAGAACAUAAGAAGAGCCAUGCUGGAUCAAACCAAAGACCCAUCUAUUCAUGCAUCCUAUAAUCACCAAGUGGCUGUGGGAAGCCCACAAGUAGGGGAAGGGGCUGGAGAUUGCACAAAAGACCCAGGCUCCCUAGACUAUUCCCUGACAACAACCCUGGACAGUAUCCACAUAGACUGCCAGGGAAGCACAUUAGUGUUCGAAUGAGAACAUGUUCUUUUGUUAAAAGCAAAAUGGAUGGGUUGGCUCACUGGAUCAGAUACGUUUGUGUGUUCUUCCGUUUUUAAGGAGCUUAGGAUGAACAGCUGGGAAGUUGGAUUUUCUCUGCAGAAAGCAAUUUAUCCAGCCUGGCCGUUCAGUUUUUAAUCUGGGAGCAAGAGCGUGAACUCAGGCAGAAUGCAUGAACUUCCUUGCUGGCAUCAGGUGAUGCUUCUGUACAGCUCUUCCCCAGUCUGGUGCCCUCCAGAUACUUUGGGCAACAGCUCCCAGCAGCUGUCUUAAUUGAAAAAGGUGCUUCACAUAAUUAUAUUUUGUGCACGGCAGUUCACUGUUGACAGUGUUUGACAGAGUAGGACAAGCAAUAGGUGUUUGUCUCUGCCCCAAGGUACUUACAUUUUAUUUUUCAACAGUAGGGGAGGGAGAAGAAGGAGGGGAAAGGAUGAGUAACAAGGGAUGAAUUUGCAAACUUUGGUUUAGUUUCAUGUUGUGUGUGUAGGGGGAAAGCCUAAGGGGUUAAGCCAGAGGCAUCACACAAAGCAAACUGCAACAAACCAAGGGAGACAAACCUCUGGACUUCCAGAGGUUGUUGGACCCCAACUCCCAUCAGUCCCAGCCAGGAUGGUUAAUUGUCUGGGACUAUGGCAUCUGGAGUUCAACAUCUGGAGGACACCAGUGUCCCCACCCACCCAGUAAACAUUAUAACAGCCCUGACCAGUGGGCCACUAUCCCUGUAUUGGAGAGGGGUUGGGGCAGAGGUUGAGGAAUGGAGUUUUGGCACAUAAACAUGAGGAGAGCCUGGCUGCUGGAUCAGAGCAAAGGCCCAUCUAAUCUAGCACCCUGUUUUCACAGUGGCCAACCAGAUGCCUGAAUGGCAAGCCUGCAAGUAGGACCCAAACCUGAGUUAUCCCCAUGCAAUUCCAAGCAGCUGAUAAUGAGAGGCACGCUGCUUCUGAAAACGAGGAGAGAACACAGCUCUGGUGGCUAGUAGCCUUUGAUAGCUUCAUCCCCCAUGAAUCUCAGACCAAGUUAGACCACUGAUCCAUCAGUGUGGCUUGUGGACUUCCCACAUGCAUCCGGUUGGCCACUGUGAAAACAGGAUGCUGACCCAUUGUACUGACUCAGCAGGCUUAUGUUCUUAAGCUCUGCAUUGUCUACUAGAACAGAACUGAGGUCACAGAAAAAGGCCUCUCCUGGCUAUCUUUUAUCAUUUUAGCUGCCUAGCUUAUGGGGUAAUCAUAGAAUCAUAGAACUGAAGAGUUGGAAGGGAUCCUGAGGGUCAUGUAGGCCAAGUCCUUGAAAUGCAGGAAUCUUUUGCCCAAUGUGGAUCUCGAAGCCAUGACCUUGAGGUUAAGAGUCUCAUGCGCUAACUGCUGAGCCAACAGUCCCAGGAAGAAAGCCCCUUUGAUGUUACUGUUGCUAAACAACUGGUGUUGGAAGCCAGUUUGUUGAAAAUCUUGCAGACUUCUACUAGGACAUCCCAACCUGACUUCUGCCCACCCCUGUCUCAAAAAGACAUUCAAGAAGCACCAAACAGCAAUGACGGCUGGCCACUUCAAUAGGGAGAGGGACAAGUGGCAGAUGGCAUCUCUCCAAGGGCUGAAUUUAGCUUGAGGGUUGCCAAUUGCCAAUCCCCAGGGUCCAAUAAUCCAUACAGUGAUCAGGACCCUUUUAUGCAUACAACUUACAAACCAGCUGUGAAUUGAGUUUCAAGAUCUCAUUGCAGAAUACACUCUGUAAUGGAUGUGUUUGCUUGUGUGUCGUCUAUAGUUGCAUGCAUGAUCAAUCCAUUGACUAACAAUCCCCUUGGAAAAAAAGUGGAAUAAUGAAUAAAUGAAAGGGAACUGCAGCUGGCUUGCUGCCAAUAUCCUGAAAAGCUUAAAUACUGUGUGAUUCACUAUGAAGGGAUUUGCUUACAUUCUUAUUAGGAGAAAUUACAGUAUUUAUGGAUUCCUCCAAGGUCUGAUUACCAUGAGCUUUAAAGGCUUUUGUUAUGAAAUCAUCCACUGUUUCUCUUAUAUAUUAUUAUUGUUGUGCUGCAUUGCUUUUUAAUUUAGCAAAGCGUUUCGGGUUUGAAUUUUUGACUAGUCAGGAGAACUGAAUUCGUUCCAAAGCCAGCAUUUGAUGCAGAGUAAGGGUGGGCAACACAUCCAGCCAAACCUGACCCCCAGGCCUCCCCAUUUGGCCCAUGAUGCAUCAGGAAACAUCAGAUGUGGAGCGGGUAGCAAUGUGGCUGCAGAAAACAUGAUUGAACUCCUCACCUCCACCCCACGCAUUACCUGAUGCACAGGUUGUUCAUUCCUGUUCCGUUCUGGUGCACCAGCAAGAUUCUGCUGGAAACUGGCUGGAAUGUAUGAAUGCUGAAGAAAACAAGGUUGUCCCAUCCCACCCACUGCAAAUCAGCAGGUAUGCAGGGAGUUCAGUCUAGGGUUACUAGAUUUUUUUCAAUGAAUCUCAGGACACAAUCAAUCAAUCAAUCAAUCAAUUAAAAAACGUUCGGGGUGUUGAUGCUGCAGCAAUGUCGGAGGCAGAGGGGCGGCCUUUCUCCGUGAGCCUGGGCCGCCCCUGAGUUGUUUAUUCUUCAGUGGUGGUGGGGAGGCGGUGCGCGGUGGGUCAGGCAUGGAAGACGGAGAAGGAGGGCUGAGAGCGGCAUUGGCGGUGGUGAGGCUCGGGCAGCACGAUGCCUCCCUUCCCAUUGGAGCAGCCCCAAUCCCAUUCCUACUUGCGUGCAAGCAGGAGGGGGCAGGGAUCCCUCAGCUGGGAAGGGAGGCUUCCUGUUGCCUAACUGAGAGGUUCCUGCCCCCUCCUGCUUGCACGCAAGCUCCGAUAGGCAGCAUGAAGCCUCCCUUCACAGCUUAGUUGCUAGGGUCAGGGAAGGUGGAGGCAGCCUAGAAGCUGCAUUUUAGAGCUCCUGCACCACCAUCAUAUGGGGACUUCUGAGCAGCUCCUGAAGCCAGCCAGAGCGAAGUGGUCUGGGCUGCUGAGACUGCCGCUGCUGCGUUUCCCAGGGACAUUAGAUGAAAUCCGGGCACGUUCCAGGGAUGGAGUUUGUCUGGGGACUUAUUCGCAAAUCCGGGGACUGUCCCCGGGAAACGGGGACAUCUGGUAACCCUAGUUCAAUCCUGCUUGGUUUGGGCACACCAGCCAAUUCCUGCUGGGAGCUGCCAGGCAUACCCACACCCUGCAGAAAUCAGGCUGGAAUUACAGCUGAUCCAUGGGGAGUUCAAUGGAGCUUGUGCAGUACAGGCAAUCCCCCAUUUACGCAGGGGUUACGUUCCAAGGCAUUGCAUGCUUGUUUGCUUAUUUAUUUAUACAUACAUACCCCACCCAUCUGGGCAGCUCCUAAUAGAAUAUUAAAAACACAAUAAAACAUCAAACAUUAAAAACUUCCCCAAACAGGGCUGCCCUUAAGUGAAAUCAUGUGUAUAUUUGAAACACCACUGAAGAAGAAGAAGAAGAAGAAGAAGAAGAAGAAGAAGAAGAAGAAGAAGAAGAAGAAGAAUUUUUUAUUUAUACCCCACCUCUGGGCGGCUUCCAACAAAAUAUUAAAAUACAAUCGUCCUUCAGGUAUUAAAAGCUUCCCUAAACAGGGCUGCCUUCAGAUGUCUCCUAAAAGUCUGGUAGUUGUUUUAUCCUUCGACAUCUGGUGGGAGGGCAUUCCACAGGGCGGGUGCCACUACCGAGAAGGCCCUCUGCCUGGUUCCCUGUAACUUCGCUUCUCACAGUGAAGGAACCACCAGAAGGCCCUUGGUGCUGGACCUCAGUGUCCAGGCAGAAUGAUGGGGGUGGAGAUGCUCCUUCAGGUAUACUGGACUGAGGCUGUUUAGAGCUUUAAAGGUCAGCACCAACACUUUGAAUUGUGCUUGGAAACAUACUGGGAGCCAAUGUAGGUCUUUCAAGACCGGUGUUAUGUGGUCUCGGCGACCACUCCCAGUCACCAGUCUAGCUGCCACAUUCUGGAUUAUUUGUAGUUUCCAGGUCACCUUCAAAGGUAGCCCCACGUAGAACACAUUGCAGUGGUCCAAGCAGGAGAUAACUAGAGCAUGCACCACUCUGGUGAGAGUGUGGGCAGAUAGGGUCUCAGCCUGCGUACCAGAUGGAGCUGGUAAACAGCUGCCCUGGACACAGAAUUAACCUGCGCCUCCAUGGACAGCUGCGAGUCCGAAAUGACUCCCAGGCUGCACACCCAGUCCUUCAGGGGCACAGUUACCCCAUUCAGGACCAGGGAGUCCUCCACACCUGCCUGCCUCCUGUCCCCCGAAAACAGUACUUCUGUCUUGUCAGGAUUCAACCUUAAUCUGUUAGCCACCAUCCAUCCUCCAACCGCCUCCAGACACUCACACAGAACCUUCACCGCCUCCACUGGAUUUGAUUUGAAAGUGAGGUAGAGGUGGGUAUCAUCCGCAUACUGAUGAACACCCAGCCCAAACCCCCUGAUGAUCUCUCCCAGCGGCUGCAUGUAGAUGUUGAAAAGCAUGGGGGAGAGGACAGAACCCUGAGGCACCCCACCCUGCAAACACCCUGUUUCGCUUCCACCUGUUUCUACCCUUUUUUUGACAUCUUCGGGUCACUUCCAUUUUCCCCGCGAUGUGCAUGUGUGCAGUCACGCACAUCUUGAACGAGUGUAAAUGGGGGGGGGGAGGGUUGCCUGAACCUCACCACCCAGGGCCAACAUUGAAAGGUGAAUGGGUGGGAUCAAGCUACCUAUCAAUCACCUGACAUCAUUAUAAUGUCAGAUGAUUGGCAGGCGAGUGUUCUUGCCCACCUGUCAAUGCUGGACCACCAGGCUGGAGGAGAUCAGGAUUUGGCCCACCGGGAAUUGCUCACCCAUUUUACAUUCAUGGGUAUCUUUAUAAACAUGAGGACUAGCCGCUUGCGGUAAAAGAAAGAAGGAAGGAAGAUAUGAUUGCUGGGAAAUUGAAUUUUGCACCCAUUCCUACAGUCUGCCUCCCUCCUUUAGCACUUUUCCAAAAUCCAGGAUCUAAUAGGAAGUGUUGAAGGAACUUGGUAAUCUUUCCGAGCAACUGAUUCAACAUUAACAUUUUCUCCCCUCUCCAGGAUCCAUCAGAAACACCUAAAAUUAUUGCUUGCCAUCCAAUCACAGAAUCAAAGAGACAUAUUAACAUCCCUUUUUAAACUCCCACCUCCUGGUUUUCAACACAACUGAACUCUCUUCCCUUGCUGAUCUUCCUGCAGCACCAGUUGCACUGGGAUGAGUUAGCAGGGCUAAGAUGCCAAACACCUGCCCCCAUCACUGGUGGCACGUACAGAGGACACGUGCGCCCUUAAGCUGCUUAGGCCGCCUGAGGCUCACGGCAUUUCUGAUCUCUCUGAGUGUAGCAACAACUAGUCAGGCAAGGCGUCGCUGAUGACUCAGCUCGCAGCGCCCUCUUGUGGGCACGUAAUCUCACUCAGAGCUGAGAUGAACUCAGGCUGAACGUCUAUGCAGUUAACACCUGGGCCGAAGGAGAAAUGUGAUUUUGUUUGCAUUCACACUUCUCAAACCGGUACACAGACUGAAACGCAACUGUCCUUUGAAAUUAGCACCUCUCUGUGUUUGGGAAUGCUGUCCUCCAGCCAGUGUGUACAAAAAUGCACGUAGCGUGGGAUAUCUGUGAAAAAUAACAUACCCAAAUGCAUCAUGUUAGGGGAAAUUGCUUGUAAAAAUGGGCAUAUCAGGGCACAUUAGCUAAAAUGCAUAUGAAGAGGCAUAUGAGGAGAAAUUGGUGGCCUCCUUCCACCUGCCUUGCCCCACCCUCCGGCCCUGGGUCUCCUCAUAAGGAAGCUGUGCCUGGAGGAAGAACUGCGAGGGGAGAGACUUCAUCAGGAAAGGCCUCCUUCCACCUGCCUUGCUCCACCCUCAAGUCUCUGCUUCUCAUUUUGUUCUGUAUUAUGUUGUGCACUGUGGUUUGCUGUUGUUUUAUUGAAAUUACUUAUGGUAACUGUUGAGUGGAUUUCUGUUUAAUUUUGAAAUGCUGAUAUUUAAUAUUAUUCUAUAUUGUUUUAAUGAAUGUUGAAUGUUAUUUUAUUUGCAUAUUGUAUAUUGUAUUAUGCAUAUUGUCUUAUUUAUAUGAUGUUAGCCGCUCUGAGCCUGGCUUUGUCUGGGGAGAGUGGGAUACAAAUAAAAUUUAUUUAUUUAUUUAUAUUUCCAUUGAAGCGUGAUGAAUUUUUGUAAGUAUUCAGAAGGGAAAAAGCAAAUGGCAGCAGAAAUGGAGAUAAUUGAAAUUGACAGAUCCAUCGAUCCCUAUGUGAGCCUUGGCACCACCACAAUCACUAGGAUAUACACAGACCCACUCCUAGUCAUACACACAUCUCAUUGGGCUUUCUGCUGUAAUUCUCAGGUUACCCAGAAUGCUUUAUCAGUCUGGAAGUCCAGUCCCUUAUAAACACGUGAAGCCUCCUUAUAUUGUUUGAGUCCAUUUGCCCAACAAAUGUGGCACUUCUAUUUUUUGCAGUUCACAACAGCUCAUGGCAGUCUUGGGUGCAGAGUCUUGCAAUCUAACAUCCUUUUUACCCAGGAUUCCCAUAUUCUGGGAACUUCUGCAUGCAAAGCAGGGAUAGGAAGAUGUUUUCAGCAUGAGGGCCACUUCCCCUGGUAGGCAACUUCCCAGGUAGGCAACAUGUCAGUGAUAGGUGGGGGCAGAGGCAAAAGGGGGUGGAGCAGUGAAUGCAUACCUUCCAACCAUCAAAUUUUCCCCUCAAGGGGCUGAUUCAUGCUUACCCACAACAUACACAAACACCCUGCCCUAGCUGGAACCACCACCACCCAGUCCAUUUUCUCCCUUCCCUGCUCUGACUAUUUGGGCUUCUUUCAGUUUCUCUUUUUUCCCAGUCUUAAAUUCAGUUUGCACCCUUUCUGCAUUGCUUUACUUAUUUUUUUUUAAGUGUGCAUUUUCAUGCAAAUUUUUCAUUUGCACAAUAUAUUUGCAUUUUUGCAAGCAAUUUUCCCUAAUAUUUAUGCAAUAUCGUUAUCACUAAUACACUUCUGUGCAUCUCCUCCUAACAUGAACUAUUUUGCAUGCAGUUUGGGGAGUUGGAGGACUACCUUGCAAACUCCAGAAUUUCAAGAGAUAGCUAUAUUGCUUUGGUUAGAUACAAAUUAAGUCAUUUUCCUCUUUUGUGUGUAUAAUUUUGAUUAAAUUUUCUGUUUUACAAUUUAAAAUAUUCAUUUAAACAACCUUAAAGUAUCAGUGACUUCCUUUCUUCUCUUUCCAUGGUUCAUUUUUCAUAUCAUAAAUCUCUGCAUAUUUUACAUAAACUAAACCAUUCAGUUUUCCAUUAUUACAUCCAUCGAAACUUGUUUACACUGUUGAAUUUAUCUUAAUGCUGUCAACAUUUUCAAGUGUACACAAUCCCCCAAUAUAUUCAAUAAGCAUUUUCGAAUCUUCUUUAAAAGUAUGUUCUUCUUGUUCUCUUAUUCUAUAGGCAAAUUAAGUCAUUUUCCAAUAAUGUGCCAACAAAUAAAUGUCUCCUUUAUCCAUAUUUCUGGACCAACACGGCUACACAUAUCUGAUUUUUGUCUUGUUUUGCUUUGCUUUGUCUGGAAUGAAGUAGCUUCACUUCUUCUUCUUCUUCUAAACCUCCCCCUUGUCUUUGUUUCUCCGUCAGGACUGAUUGUCUACCUGGGCAUGAUGCUGGGGGCUAUUAUGUGGGGUGGCCUGGCAGACAAACUGGGCCGGAAGAAAUGCCUCAUCCUGUCUCUCUCCAUCAAUGCAUCUUUUGCGUUCCUGUCCUCGUUUGUACAGGGAUAUGGAUUCUUCCUCUUCUGUCGCCUUAUCUCUGGUUUCGGGUAAGUUACACAGCGCCCAGCUUGGGAAAGGGCCAGCUUGCAUUAACGAAUAGGUCUCUGUAUCAGAUUGGCCUGAAUCUCAGAACUGAAUCAGGCCCAUUUUGUGGCAUUUGGAUAUUGGCUGGGUUGGGAGGCAAUAGCCUUUGAUCGCCCUGGGUCGGGCUCCCUGGAGCAAUCUGGGGCUGUGAAUGUGUGGGCCAUUGGGCAGGAAAGAGGCAGGCGACAGCAGAGCAUUUCCCACAGGGAAUGCACUGGGCAAGCAGACGCAAGCAGGAGAGAAGCAGAUCCCUGCAGCCAGCAGAACUGAAUCCUCCUUCACCUGCUGGUCCAGACAAGCCAUUUAUUGAUCACUCAUUCUGAUUUGCUUGUGAGAAGGCUAGGCUGCGUUAAGCCAUUGUCGUCUCACACUUUCCAGGACAUUUCCAUAUCACUUCCUGAUUUUUUUAUUCAUGGAAGUGCCACAAACCAUCUUUAAUUGUGCAACUUGAAUUUGCUGGUAUGGGAUUGAAUUCCCCGCCCCAACAAAACAGCAUCUGGGGUCUUGGCUCCAAUGCUAGUCUUGCAUUUAUGUUUGUAUGAAUUAAUAGUUUAGAUUUAUUACUACAUUACACACACACACACACACAUGCACAAUGUAUGCAUUUAUUACUACAGUGGUACCUCGGGUUACAUACGCUUCAGGUUACACACUCCACUAACCCAGAAAUAGUGCUUCAGGUUAAGAACUUUGCUUCAGGAUAAGAACAGAAAUCGUGCUCUGGCAGCGCGGCGGCAGCAGGAGGCCCCAUUCGCUAAAGUGGUACUUCAGGUUAAGAACAGUUUCAGGUUAAGAACGGACCUCCGGAACGAAUUAAGUACUUAACCCGAGGUACCACUGUACCUUUAUGUUCCACCUUUCUUGCAAGUGGUCCCCUCCUUCCCCAUUUUUGUAGACCAAGAACAUUCAGCCCACCAGGAUAGGCUUGCCUAACCAAAAAUGUUUUUAGCAGGCAACCUAAAGAGUACAGUGAAGGCGCCUGUCUGACAUCAAUAGAAUCACAGAAUUGUAGAAUCGGAAGGGACCCCAAGGGUCAUCUAGUACAACCCUCUGUAACACAGGAAUCUUUUGCCAAGUGUGGAAUUCAAACCCACAACCCUGAGAUUCAGAGUCUCGUGCUAUACCAACUGUGCUAUAUAUUAAGCAUUCUAGGUGGGGGGUUCCGAAGGGUAGGUGCUGCCACAAUUUCUUGCAAAUGUAGAUUGAGUAUUACAUGGCACUUAUAGCAAGGCCAGUCCCAGUGGUCAAGUGGGUAAUAUAACCACACAGGUAAACUAGAGUUGCCAUAUUUCAAAAAGUGAAAAUCUGGAUUCCAGGGUUUCAGCCUGGCUGUGUCCAGGAAAUUCCAGGCAUAUGGAAGCCCUAGGUAAACUGAUCUGAAGCUAUUCAGGGCUGAAUGUAUUAAGAGCAACACUUUGGCCUGGUUUUUAUUCUCCCUGCCUGUUCUCCCACCUCACCUGCUUCCUCAGAAUUGGAGGGACUCUCCCCAUUGUCUUUGCCUAUUUCUCCGAAUUCCUGUCUCGUGAGAAGAGAGGGGAGCAUCUGAGCUGGCUCUGCAUGUUCUGGAUGAUUGGAGCCCUCUACGCCUCCAUCAUGGCCUGGAGCAUCAUCCCGCAUUACGGUAAUCACCUCUGGAUUCUGACGGCACCCCUGGCCUUUAUCCAUGUGUGGCAUUCAGGCUGAGGAUUUGCUUGCUGUCUAUACAGCGAUGCUCCCUUACGCCUGGUAGGACUGGGAGGUGGGGCCAGACUUAGCAAGGCCUAGGUCUAGGAAUGCUUAUACCGAGUCAGAUCACUGGCUGAUGGGAGAUAAGCCAGUGACACCUCAAGAACACCACAUGGCCUGAUCUAGCUCAAUACUGCAUGCUCUGGCUGGCAACAGCUGUCCAGGGUCUCAGUCAGGGGUCAUCCCUAGCCCUACUCCCUGGGGUGCUCUUCAGUGAAGAUACUGAGGAUAAGGAAUGGCCAGAUCUAUCUAUUUCCAGUCCAUCUUACUUUUGCAUUAUUAUUUUUUUUAAAAAAACACAAUUCCAUUCCAUUUCUGUGUUAAUCUGCAUUCUUAAAAACAGAUUUCCUCAAUGUACAUAUUUAACGAUGUGCUUUAAUAUAUUUUUACAUGGGCAUCUUCUCCAAAACAGUUGCAUCAAAGCACCUGUUUUGGCACACAAAGCCUAUUAAGAAUGAGGUCGCUAUGUUAGGGGAAGUGCAGAAUUUGGAAGGCAAAUAUUUCCCCGAGAAGGGCAGAUUAGGCCAUGUGGUAUCUUAUCAAGGAGGAAUCCCUUGAAUUUGCAAAGGCUGGAUUCCUAGACAGCUAACUUCACACAUUAGUCCAUGAGGUGAAGUCAUUUGGUACAGGAAUUCAAAAGGUCAAAUCCCUCAAAUUCAAAUCCCUGGAUACCUAAGUUCCGAUUUGAACAUUAGUCCAGGAGUUGCAGAUCAGGACAUUUUGUAUAGUAAUAGUAAUAGUAAUAGUAAUAAUAACAACAACAACAAUAAUAAUAAUUUAUACCCCACCCAUCUGGCUGGGCUUCCCCAGCCACUCUGGGUGGCUUCCAACAAAAUAUUAAAAUACAGUAAUGCAUCAGACAGUAAAAGCUUCCCUAAACAGGGCUGCCUUCAGAUGUCUUCUAAAAGUCUGGUAGUUGUUCUCUUUGACAUCUGGUGGGAGUGUGUUCCACAGGGCAGGUGCUACUACUGAGAAGGCCUUCCGCCUGGUUCCCUGUAACUUGACUUCUCGCAGGAAUUUGCAUCCCUCCAGCAUCCCUGUUGAGGCACCUUCACUACCUAGAACACCAGAUGUGCUCUGCCAUCUGGGAAUGUUGGAGAAUUCUGAUGAAAACAGGAAAAAAGGAGGACAUUGUUGGUGUUUGCAUAUUUGUUCCCAUGUCCAGGAUUCCAGAAUGCAAAUUGACCCAUUGGUAUUUGCUGUCAAUUGGUUGCUUUCCAUCAGCAAAUGAUCUGCAACUGAUUAUACUGCCCCCCCCAAAUUUGCAUUGUGUUUCCCUUGCAUUGAAAUGAAUGUGGUGGAAUUGCAGCAUGGCCAGGUAAUUUACGUAAUUAAUUACACAAAUCACGUAAGUCGCAUAAAUCUGCCACAGUGGGCAGCAAGACAAAUAAUGCAGUUGAUGGGGGAAGACAAACCACAGUAGAACGGAAACAUGACUGCAUGGGACAAAUUCAGGGUGGAAAGGGAAACAAUGCCGUCUUCCAUCCCUCACUGUAGCCCCUUUCCCUUGCUUAUAGGAUGGGGCUUCAGUAUGGGGACCAACUACCACUUCCACAGCUGGAGAGUUUUCGUGGUUGUCUGCUCUCUGCCCUGCAUCGCGUCUCUGGUUGCCCUGAAGUUCAUGCCAGAAAGCCCACGGUUUUUGCUGGAGGUAAGAACACAUGUCUGAGAAAACAGACCUUUGCAUUGUGCAGAUUCUUCUAGAGGAUAUGCUAUAAGCAAAAGAAACCAAAGGGACUGGGAUUUGUUUGGCAUAGGCUGCAACACCUAAUGCAUUUGCUCGGGUCUGGGAGCAGUGGCUCAUUCUCAGGGCCCUUUGGAAUAUUGGUCAGUGCGGGAUUUUGAGCUUACCAUAUCAUUGCAAAAUAAAACAAAUCCUUCCAGUAGCACCUUAGAGACCAACUAAGUUUGUAUGUUAGAGACCAACUAAGUAUGAGCUUUCAUGUGCAUGCACACUUCUUCAGAUACAUGCAUGCACGUGAAAGCUCGUACCAAUAACAAACUUAGUUGGUCUCUAAGGUGCUACUGGAAGGAGUUUUUUUUUUAUUUUGUUUUGACUACGGCAGACUAACACGGCUACCUACCUGUAACUAUAUCAUUGCAAGGCAACCAGCAGUAGGCCCCACUGAACUCAACAGGACUUGUUUUUGAGUACAUAUCCUUUAGAAAAUACUGUUAAUUGUGUAAUUGCAUUUUUUAAAUAAAAAAAAUAAGGCCUAGAAACUUGCAUAGAGUUUCUCAGGAUGCUUCAUUCUGUGGCUAAGAUGAAAAUGGGGACCCCUUCUCACAUUAUCUGGCAUAAAUCCGGGAAAACUUUCCACAUCAUCACUUUAUCUCCCUGCCAAGUUUUGCCUGCUAUGCAUUUUGUGUUGAUGCUAAAGAUCCAGGUGUGAAACCAUCCAGAAGACAGCAACUCUGGUGUCCAUUAUGUUAUAAAACAACAUGCCCAAUGUUGAACAGCAGCGUUGGGGAGCUCCUCUUCAGCCCAAGGGCAACUUUCCAUUCUGGUUAACCUUCUGAGGGCCACAUGACACUGGUGGGCAGGGCCAGAGGUACAAGUGAAUGCUAUUUUUACCUUUGUACAGUCAGAUGGUUUCUGUACACACUCACAAACCCCUCUCCACUCAGGCAAGCAAGAGGCAUUAUUGGAAUUCAAGGACCGGUUCCAGCUAGGCAAAAAUGCUCAGGGUGUGGGAAGAGGGUGUGUGGCUUAGGGAGAGUUUCGGGGGCCACAUAGAGAGGUCUGCGGGGCCACAUUCACCCCCGGGCCAGAGGGUCCCCCCUCACAUUGUACAGGUAUUCUCUGGCAGAAUCCAGAACUUCUGCCCUUGGCUAGGACAUCAUCCCACUGUGGUUAAACCCAUGUGACUUCCGAUGGAGCCAUAGCAUAACUGGAGAGAAAGAGCCUGGGAUCUUAAAAACAUUUUCUGAAGGAAGUGCUCUUUCUGACAUCCUUUGCUUUGGCCUUUCCAGAUAGGCAAGCACGACGAAGCCUGGAUGAUCCUCAAGCAAGUCCACGACACCAACAUGAGGGCCAAAGGCGAGCCAGAGAGGGUGUUUACGGUAAGCAUGCUUUCUUCCUAGGAAUGCACUUCCCCUCAAUACGAGACUUUGGUCAAAGUUUCGAAACCUAAUUGGGGUUUUUAUAUACAUUGCAUAAAGCCCACAAUCCACCUCUUUCUUCUCCCAAAGAUUCAGUAUGCAGAUUCUAAUUCAAGGUUAUUUUCCAACUGGCAAACAUGGUUGCCAUCCAGGCAAGAAGAGCCUGUUCUCCCCCACCCAGAAGUUUGGGGCUACAACUCCCAUCAACUCCAGCUAGGGAUGGGCAAAUCUGCCAAUUUUGGCUUCUCAUUUCUCCAGUCCUAUGUUCCACAUUUUGCCACAUUUCCAUGUCAUCCUUGCAUAUAUAUUUUAAAAGACCAUGUGAAAUGGCAUACACAUUUCAUAGCAUUUGAGUGCAAAUUUCUCCUAAUGCAUGCAAUUCCCCCCAUGCAUUUCUGCCCAAUAUACACAUUUCUGUAAAACAAUUUCCCCCAAUAUAAUGCAUUUGUGUAUAUUGCUUUCGCCAAGAUGUGCAUUUUUGUACAUGUUACUUGGCUAGCAGACUGCAUUGCAAAAUUCAGAGAUAUGCAAAUUUCAAAAGAUGGCUGUUUCAGUUGGCGUGUUUCUUUCAGAAAAUGAGAAUUAGGGAAAUCUGCCUUUAAAUGUAAACUGAAUCAGAUUUCUCCCUCAUCCCUAAACCCAGUCACUGCUGGGUUCAAAACACCCAGAGAUGUUUCAUCCCAAGUCAGAACAUUGGUUCAUCUAGCUCAGUAUAAUCUGCACUGAAUGACAGUGCCUCUCCAGGGUUUCAGAAAGAAGGCCUUCCUUGCCUACUUGGAGAUGCCAGAAAUUGAACCUUGAACCUUCUGCAUGCAAAGCAGUCGCUCCGCCCCGAGCUAUGCCCCUUCCCCACGUCCAGUUAUUUGGGAAUAAGCCUCCUUGUACACUGUGGGACUUGCUUCCAAGUAAACGUAUUCAGGAUUGGAAUGCAGAGGUGUUUAUUCAGGUGACGGUUGACUCAACCCUCUGUUGUGCUGCUUCUGCGCAAUUGCUUACAAGAACCAAGCUUAGUGUGGUUGCUGUGAAGUCAAGUGCUGAAUUAUUAUUAUUUUUUUUGACAAAAUCGGAUUUAUUUCUAGAGGCAAAAACACUUUGUUAAAAAUGUAUAAUUAUAAUUAAUAAGAGAAAUUGGACAUUAGGGCUGUUAGAUGGAUUCACAGUAUUCAGCUGAAAAAUAAAAUCAUUACUGCUUUGUUGAAAGCUCCCUGGAGCUUACUUGGUGACUUUAAAUUAUAUACAUAAUUAUAUACAUGUGCAUAUUUUUUACAUUUAUAUUGACAUUUGGGGAAUGUUUUCCCCCCUUUUUUGAGUUUUAUUUAUUUAAUAACGUUCUUACGUUACAUCGGUAAACAUUAUCAUAUUACAUUACAAGGCUUAUUAUAAUAUAAUUUAGGGCUGAAUAUUUUGGCUUGUUUUUCUUGUUUAUUCAGGUAGCCAACAUAAAAACUCCAAAGCAGAUAGACGAAUUCAUUGAAAUACAGUGUUCCACAGGGACGUGGUACCAGCGUUCUUUUGUUAGAGUGACAACCACCCUCAAACAGGUAUGGGAGGGGGAUGGUGGUGGCACCUGAAUGCACACAACAACCAGUAAUGAUUGAUUGCCUAGAUCUGUCAUUGUGCUACCUGCCCACACAAUGAACAGGUCACAGGAUUGCAACCUUUCCUGAUUACAUCUGGGUGCAGUACUUUGACCACCCAGCCUAUUAAUCAACAAAUAUUUGGUUUCAUGUAAGGCUCUCAACUCAACAGAGAUUUUUAAGUGGAUCAACCACCUGUGUUUUUACCAAGCGAUUCAUUGCAUAUAGAUUAUGUUAUAUUAUCAGCUUCGGUAAAGGUGUCUUCCUGACAUACUGAAAUAAGUGUAAGUGUAAAGGUAAAGGGACCCCUGACCAUUAGGUCCAGUCGUGGCUGACUCUGGGGCUGCGGCGCUCAUCUGGCAUUAUUGGCCAAGGGAGCCGGUGUACAGCUUCCUGGUCAUGUGGCCAGCAUGACUAAGCCACUUCUGGCGAACCAGAGCAGCUCAAGGAAACACCGUUUACCUUCCUGCCGGAGCGGUACAUAUUUAUCUACUUGCACUUUGACGUGCUUUCGAACUGCUAGGUUGGCAGUGUAAGUGUGCAUUGGAAUUAAUAAAUAACACUUUCACAUGCUGCUAAGGGGGGGGGGGAACGGGACUAUAUUUGUUGGAAGAUCUUUAAUACCAUAUUUAAGGCAAAGUACCUUUCAUAUUUUAUUUUUUGGUUCCCUAUUCCAGUGAUACACCAGAACUUAAUUGCCUCUGACAGUGACCUCAAUUUAAAUUAUUUAAAUUGCCCCAUAGAUUAAUCAACCAAGCUUCAGUUGAUUUAUGUCAUAGUGGGUUUUAAAGCAAAUGUAGGAUUUGAGAUAAAUAAAUCCUGCUUCACUGAAUCUAGCCAGCUAGCUACAAUGUAAAAACACGGAAUGAAAAUACUCAUAAUAAAUUAUUCGCCAUUUCCACAAACAAACAGGUAUUUGUUUUUCAUUUUUGGAGAUGAUACAUUAGAAGUUAGUUUUCUUAGGACUUUUUCUGUAACUGAUUCUUUGGACAAUCCUUUUCUUUUAGGUUAUGGACAAUGUAAUAUACUGUCUGACAGCCCAGUACAGAAUGAAUACGCUGUUCCUGGCAAUUGUGUGGUUCUCAAUGGCCUUAAGGUAUGUGCCUUGGAAUUCACAAACCUGUUAUUAACCAGAGAGUUGGAAGAUCAUCCAGUCCAACCCUGCAAGAAAUCUCUUAGUACAGCAUCCCUCAUAGCUGGCUAUCCAGCAUGUGCUAAAAACCUUAAAUAAAGAAGGACCCACUGCUUUCCAAGGCAGUCUGUUCUAAUAUUGAUACAAAGGAAGCUACCUUAUAGUGAAUCAUACUGUGGGUCCCUCUAGCUCAGUGGUUCUCAACCUGUGGGUCCCCAGAUGUUGUUGGACUACAACUCCCAUCAUCCCUGAGCUCUUGCUAGCUAGGAGUGAUGGGAGUUGUGGUUCAACGACAUCUGGGGACCCACAGGUUGAGAAAGGUUGCUCUAGCUCAAUAUUGUCUACACUGACUGGCAGUGGUUCUUCCAAUUUUUAGAGAUGACUCUUUCCCAACCCUCCCUGGAGAUGGAUAUGAUUGAACUUGGGACGUCUGCAAACCGACUGGGUGUUCUACCACUAAGCUGCAGCUUAUCCCACAAGCAGAGGCUCUCAGGUUUCAUCUCCAGCAUCUCCUAGUAAGGACAAAAAAGACUUUUGUCUGAAACCCCAGAAAGCCACUGGCAGCGAGUCUAGGCUAGGCUAUGGUUACCAGAUGUCCCCGUCUCCCAGGGACAGUCCCUGGAUUUACAAAUCUGUCCCCGGACAAAAUCUGCCCCCAGAAUGUCCCCGGAUUUCAUUUAAUGUCCCUGGAUUUAUAUUUUAAGUGUUGUAGAUUUAUUAGUAGGGAACGAAUGUUGCGUGCUUGGUUCAAUGGCACAAGACACAGCAUAUGGGAACUUCAGGCAAGGCAAAAUGGCGGGUGCCACAGCAGCUAGCAGCUCCUGAAGCCAGCUAGAGCCAACUGCGCUACCAGGCUGGCUCCGGGCUGCUGAGACUGCAGCUGCCACUGCUGAGGGUGAACUGGGGACGCCCAGUGCGUCAACUGGGGGAGAUACUGACACACACACACCCCGUGACCCAAAUCAAGCCGGGAGCAAAAGCACCCAGCCACCUGGCCGACUGCCCAAUGGCACUCUGUGGCCAGGAAAACCCCAGAGCCAACGAAGGGAGAAGGAGGAGAGGAGAAGGAGAAGGAGAAGGAAGACAGAGAAAGAGGAAGGAGAAAAAAGGUGGAAGUCCCGACCUUGCAGCACUACUUCCGCUGCCGAAGAGAGGUAGGAGAGCACCAGGAGGGCAAGGAUAUGUGGCCGAGCCGAGGCCCGAUCCAAGCCUACUCCAUGGUGGCUAGUACUUUAAGAGAGCAGGCUGGGGCCCAGAGGAAGACUGUGCAACAGAAGAGACCACAGAAGAGAAGACAUUACUUCUUAAUUAUUUUUUAAAAUAACUUUUCUUUUAAUAACUUUUCUUUUCUCUUUUCAAAAAGAAAAGAAAAAGUGUCCCCGGAUUUUUUGAAAAAAAUCUGGUAACCUUAGUCUAGGCAAUACUGAACUUGAAGUACCAAUGGUUUGACUUGUUAUAAGGGAACUGCCUAGUUUCCUGUGGGUAAAGUCUGCCUGAGACAUUUUGCCAGUCUUAGCAAAACAAAUAUUUGCUCCUUUUGAUAGACUUUGCCUGUUUCCUCAGAGCAACAAACUUUCAAAUCAGAAAUACAGGAAGCUGCCUUGUAACAUUUGCAAGGCUAAAUAAGAGCAGCAGGAACCUGUCCUGAACAUUUCAGAGAUAGUUUAUUUUCCCACCAUUACCUUUUGGGAAGGUUAGGAACUUAGGAAGCUGCCAUAUACUGAGUAUUGAUUGGCAGUGCCUCUCCUGGGUUUCAGGAGAGCCCUACCAGAAGAUGAACCUAGACUGAACCUGGGAUCUUCUGUAUUCAAGGCAUAUUCCACAUUACUGAACUGCAGCCUUUCCCCCAAAGACCUUGUUUUUGUUGUUUAGUUGUUUAGUUGUGUCUGACUCUUCGUGACCCCAUGGACCAGAGCACGCCAGGCACUCCUGUCUUCCACUGCCUCCCGCAGUUCGGUCAAACUCAUGCUGGUAGCUUCGAGAACACUACCCAACAAUCUCGUCCUCUGUCGUCCCCUUCUCCUUCUGCCCUAAAUCUUUCCCAACAUCAGGGUCUUUUCCAGGGAGUCUUCUCUUCUCAUGAGGUGGCCAAAGUAUUGGAGCCUCAGCUUCAGGAUCUGUCCUUCCAGUGAGCACUCAGGGCUGAUUUCCUUAAGAAUGGGUAGGUUUGAUCUUCUUGCAGUCCAUGGGACUCUCAAGAGUCUCCUCCAGCACCAUAAUUCAAAAGCAUCAAUUCUUCGGCGAAGACCUAGGCUUAGACCCAAAGACCUAGGAACAUAGAAAUCUGCCUUAUACCAGGUCAGACCCUUGGUCUGUCUAGUCCAGUACUGUCUACACAGACUGGCAGUGGUUCUCCAAGGGUUCAGGCAGAAACCCAGCCCUAGAAUAGAAAAAAAUUCAGCAGGCAUUUAAAAGUUGAAACAGAAGGCACCUGCUGAAUCUCCACAAAACUGGGCUUAUGACACAAGAGGCUCAGUUUCUUGUUGUUGUCAAAUGGGACUUGUCAACUUGGGGGGUGACCAAUGAUGCUUCUGCAGAUGACCUCAGCUGGGAGAUAAGGGUUCAGGUGGUACCCUGGACCUAAGUUAUCGGUAUUAAUACAAAGACCCUCAACCUGGAUCAGGAGUAGAUGGGCAAUCAGUGCAGAUGUUUUAACACUGAUGCCACAUAUUCUUGGCCAGAUGCCUCCUUCAGCAAUCUGGCUGCCACAGUCUGCACCAGCUGGAGCUUCAGAGCCAGGUCCAAGCGCAGCCCCACAAACAGCUCAUUGAAGCAAUCUAGCCUUGAGGUUAUCGAAGCAUGGGUAACAGUUGUCAGUUCGCUGUGUCACAGUUCUCUUCUUCCUCUUGCAGUUACUAUGGCCUUAUCGUCUGGUUCCCUGACAUGAUACGGUACUACCAAGAAGAAGCGUAUAAGUCCCGCGAGAAAGUAUUUAAUGGGGAAUCAGUGAAGGAUAUCACCUUCAACUUCACCUUGGAAAAUCAAAUCCACAGGAAUGGGACAUAUUUCAAUGACAAGUGAGCCAUCACACCCCACCUCACCAAAACAGAUGCAAAUGUUUGCUUAUAUGUGCAGCGUCCUGUGGGAGCUACUAUCCCACUGAUCCUGGCUGUGGCAGCACCUUGGAACGACCAGAGAUGAUGGAAGUCACUUCAUGAUGGAGAUCAGUGAGAGAUUACCUGUGUGGUGCCCUUGAGCUCCCUUGAGCACCCUUGAGGUUUAUCUCUGGUGCCCACAGAGACUCUGAACCUCUUAUUGUCCCUUUAGUCAUGAGGGAGAGUAUGUGGCUACUUUUUCUCCCUGGAAAAAUAUAGAGAGCUGAAGGAGGAAGUAAGAAGGAGGACAUACUUUCCUACUUCCUCUUUCAGCUCUAUGUGCUUUUCAAGGCCCAGAUCCUUUAGGAAAGUGGUUUGUAUAUUCAUACUUUCUGUCUACCUCUCUCUCUCUCUCUCUCUGUGUGUGUGUGUGUGUGUGUGUGUGAGAGAGAGAGAGAGAGAGAGAGAGAGAGAGAGAUCUCCAGGGGACAGGUGAGAGGAGCGACCAGAAGGGUUGCUGCCAGGUAAUGGUGGCUGGUGCUGAUUGGGACGGGUAGGGUGGAAGGCAGUGAGCCCAGCAAUAAAUGGAGCCAGAGCAAAUGGUGUGCAGAACCCACUAAGUCUAGUUUCCCCCUCCACCCUCCUCCCUGCUGAGUUCUACAGGGGUAACACCAAGACUUUGCAGGAGGAAGCUGAUAGUCAGUGCCACCCCUGGGCUAGUUGCACAUAAGAAGUCUGGCAGGUGGGAGUAGGCAGAGGUUGGGAGGAUAGUGCUUCAUUUGCCUAAGUGGCUUAGCCUCCAGUGGCACUUGCUGAAAGAGUCACAUCCAUUGCUGUGCCUCCUUUUGCCUCUUGGCCAUCCAUGUUUGCCUUUGGCUCUGCCAGUCGAUGAUCUGUGGCCCCUGGAAAGGUUCCAUAGGAGAUGGAAUGGCCCUUGAGCUUUUGUCCUUGUAUGAGAUAAAGAGUGACCCAUAGACAUAAUAACUGCAGCAGCUGAUGAAAAUACUGUUUUUGCUAAUUCAACAUCUAUACUGGGAAAUCAACUUGGAUAUCUGUUAUGAUCUAAAUGAAUUAAAUUACACAUGCUGAUAAACUUUUCUUCAAGGAGCCAUAAUAUUUUAAAAUCACCUUUGGACAUACUGACAUCCAGUGGUCAUGUAAGGAAAGGCACAUCUAGGGCCAGUUCCCACAUUACUUUUUUCUGAAAUAUCAUAUUAAGGCAUAUAUUGCAGCUGAAACCAGGGAUGUGGAAAUUUGCUUGGUUCUCAUUUUUUAUGAGAAUCAAGCAGAUUGGAAAUUCCCAAACCCGUAUGCAAACCAAAACACAGCACUCUUUUGAAAGUUGCACUACUCUGAACUUUGCAAUGUAGUUCGCCAACCAAAGAAUGCAGGCAAAAUGCAUAUAUUAAUGAAAAGUGCAUGUAAAAAUGUGCAUAUUUAGUGAAGAGAGCAUAGAAAAAGGUAUUCUAUUAUGGAGGAAUUGCUUGGACAAAAAAAUUCACACAUACCUAUUAUUAUUAUUAUUAUAAAAAAUUGCAACUGUCCACAUAAGAAGGCUCUGUCCAUGUUCACUCUAUCUUGGCUAUAUUUGGUUGCAUCAGUUGUCCAUCUUUUUUUAAAUAAUGUUUUUUAUUCUUAUUUUUCAUAGUACAAGCAAGUAAACUUCCACCACAUUGACAAGUUCUUCCCUGUUGGUAAGAAUCAGGUGCAAGAUAGUCAAUCCCCUUGUUGCUUCUUACAACCUUCUGGGAAAUGAAAUUGUCAGCAAGGCAAUUGAGGAGUUUGUUGGGCAUUACAUUCCUGGCAGACUUUGAGUUUCAGCUAUCCUGGCAUCUGCUGGAACUCAAAUCAAUAAUCAAUAAGAGAGAAAUCACACAGAGGUAUAGAGAGAUACCAAAUGGAGUCUUUCUUUCAACAUAUUCAUUUUUGUUCACUGAAAGUACCCUCCCCCUAAUGAGCCAUGGGUAGUAAAUGAUUUUGGAGUGAAGUUAAAGUGUUUGCAUAUGAAACAAAGCUGAAUUAGAUUGCAUCAAACUCACUGUCUUGGCCUCUGGUAUCUUAAAUUGUGUGUUUAUUUUUAUUUUUUUUAAAGUUCAGGGAUAGGCGCUUGCUUCAAAUGAAGAUGAUGGUGAGUUAUUUUCUAUGUUUCAGGUUCAUCAAAAUGAAGUUUCGAGAUGUGACUUUUGAGGACUCUGUGUUUGAGGAAUGCUACUUUGAAGAUGUGACAUCGAGCGAGACCUUUUUUAAGAACUGCACCAUUAUAAAAACUGUCUUCUUUAACACAGGUAACGCGGGAGAGUGUGUGUUUCUGUGUUGGCAAAGUGCAUCUGCUGGCUUCUGACUGUGUUUUCAUUUAUAGAAAAGCGGAAUGAAGUGAAGAGAUAAGACUGGGAAGAAAUCAUAAUAACUUUGAUCUGGUCUGUUUUUGCAGUACACAAUAACUUAAGCACCAUUGUUCCCUGUUUAUCAGGAAUGGUAACAGAUUUUUGGUAUCUGGUCCUGCUGCUGCCUUUGGGGAAUAUUUUCUGAACAAGUUAGUAUGCGUGACUAGGCCUUCCAUUCUUCAGAUUUCAGAUACUUCCUUUGGUCUCGCGAAGUUAGAUGGGCGUGUGUUAUAUCUUAAGGGCUCCCCUCUGUAAGUGAUAAUGCAAGUCACUUUACUUACUUCAAAAAAAAUCUCACAUGUUGUUUGGGGACCCUGCUGUGCAUUUUUCUGAAUGGUGCACUAGACAUCUGCUCCAAAGUUUAAUAGGGGACACAGCCAUGUCAGUGUGCAUCACACCAUGUGACAGAAUUAUGUACUUUAUUCCGGCAUACUUUCCUGCCUUUUUAUGGGUGAAUCAUGGGAGAACAGAAACCUGCUUAUAUGGAAAGGGUUGUUGUUGUUUAGUCGUUUAGUUGUGUCCAACUCUUCGUGACCCCAUGGACCAGAGCACAUCAGGCACUCCUGUCUUCCACUGCCUCCCGCAGUUUGGUCAAACUCAUGCUGGUAGCUUCGAGAACACUGUCCAACCAUCUCGUCCUCUGUCGUCCCCUUCUCCUUGUGCCCUCAAUCUUUCCUUGUGCCCUUGUGCCCUUUUUAUGGGUGAAUCAUGGGAGAAUAGAAGCCUGCUUAUAUGGAAAGGGUAGGGGAGUAGCAACAUUGUCCAAUGACGUUCGUUGGGACGCCCACUGGUGCAAAUGAAAUUUGCCGUGACGUGGCAAUCUAUCCAUCAAAAAGUCACACUUCCAGGAAAAGUAUCACAGUAAUUUCCAUGUUUGAAUUCAGUAUGAGUUCCAUCCAUCCACCCAUCUUUCUCUCUCUCCCCGCCCCCCCUAGACCUCUACAAGCACAAAUUUGUUGAAUGCAAGUUUGUGAAUGCCACCUUCUUGGAGCAGAAGAAGGGCUGCCACAUGGAUUUUGAGAGGGACAACGACUUCCUGGUUUACCUUGUCGGCUUCUUAGGCAGCCUCUCAGUCUUGCCAGGCAACAUUAUCUCAGCCCUGCUGAUGGACAAAAUAGGUCGGAUCAAGAUGAUUGGUGAGUGGGGAGGGAUGACAUAUGUCAAUGUGGGAGUGGUCAGAAAGGUCCCCCCCCCCAACAUGGUUUAGUUGGUCUCAUGCCAAAAAUCUUCUUUCCAAUUUCUCAAAACUCUUCCUUCAUUGAGAAGGAGGUUUUCACUUAUUGUGCCUUGCCCUCAGGGCACUUUAGAAUCUGUGUCAGCACAGGAACUUGAGCUUACCAUCCCAUUGAAAGGUUUGCCAAGAGUGGUGGGGGCUGGUGCCCAUUGGAACUGGUAGGGCAGAAGGCAGGGAGCCCAACAGUAGGUGGAGCCAGAGCCAAUGGCAGGCAGAGCCAACAAGCUCACCCCUCCUCUUCCCUGCUGAGUGCUGCAAGGGUCAACACUGAGACUAAGGAGGAGAAAGCUGACAGCCAGGGCCACCCCCUAUAUCAAGUGUUAUUCCUUCACAUUUGAGCUUGUCUUAUUUCUCUUCUUUAUAUUUUUUAAUUAAAUUUUCUGUUUUACAAUUUAGAAUAUUCAUUUAAACAACCUUAAAGUAUCAAAAACUCCCCUUCAUCUCUUUCCAUGGUUCAUUUUGCAUAACAUAAAUCCCUUCAUAUUUUAUAUAAACUAAACCAUUCAGUGGGACGCGGGUGGUGCUGUGGUCUAAACGACAGGGUGAGCUCCCGUUGUUCGGUCCCAGCUCCUGCCCACCUAGCAGUUCGAAAGCAUGUCAAAGUGCAAGUAGAUAAAUAGGUACUGCUCCGGCGGGAAGGUAAAUGGCAUUUCUGUGUGCUGCUCUGGUUCACCAGAAGCAGCUUAGUCAUGCUGGCCACAUGACCCGGAAGCUGUCUGCGAACAAACGCUGGCUCCCUCGGCCUAUAGAGUGAGAUGAGCGCACAACCCCAGAGUCGUCCGCAACUGGACCUAAUGGUCAGGGGUACCUUUACCUUUUUAAACCAUUCAGUAUUCCAUUAUUACAUCCAUCUAAACUUAUUUACACUGUUGAAUUUAUAUUAAUGCUGCCAACGUUUUCAAGUGUACACAAUCGCCCCUCACCAUAUAUUCAACAAACCUUUCCCAAUCUUCUUUAAACAUAUGUUCUUCUUGGUUUCUUAUUUGGUGUGUUAGGUCUACAAGCUGCGCAUAUUCCAUCAGUUUAAGUUGCCAUUCUUCUUUGGUUGGGACCUCACUCAUUUUCCAUUUUGGGGCUAACAAAACAUGGGCCGCAGUAGUGGCAUACAUUAACCUUGUCUUAUCUCUCCCUGCCUCCUCUUUUGUUCUUUCUUGCAGGGGGUUCCAUGCUGAUCUCUGCCGUGUGCUGCUUCUUCCUGUUUUUUGGCAACAGUGAGUCGGCCAUGAUUGGCUGGCAGUGCCUAUUUUGUGGUACCAGCAUUGCUGCCUGGAAUGCCCUGGAUGUGAUCACUGUGGAGCUGUACCCCACACAUAAAAGGUGACUCUUCCCAGCAACCUCCCUUGGGGUCAGGAAGGAGGGUGGAGACACACACAGGGAGAUUUCCAGGGGCUGAAGCUUUUUAGCAUGGUCCUUCACAAUUUGAGAACAAACCAGUGUAAAUCUGGAGCUGUUGGCAGUGGCAUUGUUGGGGGGACGGAAGUAGGUUUGGGGUGAAGCACUACUGCUUAUUUCACAGCGCAGGAGAGGACGUUAUUAUCUGGCGCUCUGUUUACUAAUCUCCUGCAUGCCAAAUUGUUUUUAAAAAGCCCUUUCUCAGCAAAAAGAAUUCACUGUGCUGGUCUGCAAACCAUAUCAAUAUAAAACCAAGCAAAAAAAAAUCAUAAAAACCACUUGAAAGCAAAUACAGUGGUACCUCAGGUUAAGAACUUAAUUCGUUCUGGAAGUCCGUUCUUAACCUGAAACUGUUCUUAACCUGAAGCACCACUUUAGAUAAUGGGGCCUCCCGCUGCUGUUGCGCUGCCGCUGCGCAAUUUCUGUCGUGAAGCAAAGUUCUUAACCCGAGGUACUAUUUCUAGGUUAGCGGAGUCUGUAACCUGAAGCGUAUGUAACCCAAGGUACCACUGUAUAUAUAUUUAAGCCAAGGAUGCACCAAUGUGGUGAACUGAACUAAAGAUUCGGAAAAUAAGAGCCUGAUCAGAAGCCAAAAUUGACAUAUCCGCCCAUCCCUACAGCAAACUUGGCUGACUGUAAAAGAGGCCAAUUCAUGGGGGAGAAGGCUACCAAUGGCUACUAGCCACAAGUGGAGGUACUCGCUAUGCUCUACCUCCACUGGGAGUCACCAGUGGGGAGAAUUGCUCUCAGGUCCUGCCUACAGGCUUCCUGUUGGAGCAUAUGAUUGACCACCGUGAGAAUGGGAUGCUGGGCUAGAUGGACCUUUGGCCCUAUCCACCAGGACUCUUCUAACCUUCUUAGGUGGCUGUGUUGCUUUGGAGGUUAAUAUGAAGAGGUCCUUCCCUUCACAAUGGACCACUGGACCACUGCCUCUUGGACCGUUCCCAUUUUAAACUCCCUUUCCUUUCUCUUCCUUCUCCACAGAGCCACAGCCUUUGGCAUCCUCAACGGGCUCUGCAAAAUUGGGGCCAUCUUCGGGAACGCUAUCUUUGCCUCCUUUGUUGGGAUAACCAAAGUGGUCCCCAUCCUCCUGGCAUCCUCCGCUCUGGUGGCAGGAGGCCUCCUUGCCCUGAGGCUGCCAGAGACUCGCGACCAAGUCCUGAUGUGA